GCAGAUGGCGCCAGUCAGCAGCAGCAAGUGCUGCCGAGCGGAGAGAGGAGCAGAGACUGACUGUCGUCAGGAUAGACCGCACUGAUGAAGCGACCGCAGGAGAUCCCUAUCCCUCCGUCUUUCCUUUAAAUACCGUAUCAGACGGAGCGUUUCUGUCUCCCAUCUCUCGUGUGAUUGUCGUCGUGGGCUCGUCAUUUGGAGAAGCUUUCCUGUUUUUUUUCUUUUCUUCUUUUUUUUUGUCCUCCGAGAGGCUGAAUGGAAGCUGCAGCCGAGGGAGCGGUUGGGCUCACGGAGGCCAGGGACGGGAGCCCGAUGUCCGGGGCCGCAUCCUCCGAUGAUGCGGACGCGGUGGUGGGGGUUACGUACGGGAUGGACGCUUCAGACAUGGAUGCUGCUAAGAUGCCCUCUUCUUCAGGUCAACACGGUCAGGGAAAGAAAAUUGGCCACCGAGGAGUGGAUGCAUCCGGGGAAACUACUUACAAAAAGACCACGUCUUCAGCCCUGAAAGGUGCCAUCCAGCUGGGAAUUGGUUACACCGUGGGUAACUUGAGCUCUAAGCCCGAGAGAGAUGUGUUGAUGCAGGAUUUCUACGUGGUAGAAAGCAUCUUUUUCCCCAGCGAAGGGAGCAACCUCACUCCUGCGCACCAUUUCCCUGACUUCCGCUUCAAAACAUACGCUCCAGUGGCCUUCCGAUACUUCCGAGAACUGUUCGGCAUCAGGCCGGACGACUAUUUGUACUCCCUCUGUAAUGAGCCCCUGAUUGAACUGUCCAACCCUGGAGCCAGCGGUUCAGUCUUCUAUCUGACGAAGGACGAUGAGUUCAUCAUAAAGACCGUGAUGCACAAAGAGGCCGAGUUCUUGCAGAAGCUGCUGCCUGGAUACUACAUGAACUUGAAUCAGAACCCUCGUACGCUACUGCCAAAGUUUUUCGGCCUCUACUGCGUCCAGUCCGGUGGGAAAAACAUCCGCGUGGUGGUAAUGAACAACGUCCUGCCCCGCGUGGUUCGCAUGCACCUUAAAUACGACCUCAAGGGCUCCACCUACAAGAGGCGAGCAUCCAAGAAGGAGAGGGAGAAGGCCAGGCCCACCUUCAAAGACCUGGACUUCAUGCAGGAUACCCCAGAUGGACUAAUGCUAGACCAGGACACAUACAAUGCUUUGGUGAAGACUUUACAGAGAGACUGCCUGGUCCUGGAGAGCUUCAAGAUCAUGGACUACAGCCUGCUGCUGGGGGUCCACAACAUGGACCAAGCAGACAGGGAGCGGCAGAUGGAAGGCUCUCAGGGUGACAGUGAUGAGAAGAAGCCCAUGGCCCAGCAGAAGGCCCUGUACUCCACUGCCAUGGAGUCCAUCCAGGGGGGAGCUGCCUGUGGAGGGUCCAUCGACACUGACGACACGAUGGGGGGUAUUCCUGCCGUUAAUGGGAAAGGAGAGAGACUUCUUCUCUACAUCGGGAUCAUUGAUAUUUUGCAAUCUUACAGGCUAAUCAAAAAACUGGAGCACACAUGGAAGGCUCUGGUUCAUGACGGGGACACAGUGUCAGUCCACCGGCCAGGGUUCUAUGCUGACAGGUUCUUCAAGUUCAUGAGCAGCACCGUUUUCAGAAAGAGCUCCUCUUUGAAGUCAUCCCCCUCUAAGAAAGGCCGCGUCUCGUUGACGGUUCCAAAGUUUGUUGGUCCUGCUGCCGCCUGGUCGGCUAGCCAGCUGUCUGCUGAGAGAGACGAAAACAUCUACGACCUGAGAGGAGCUCGCAGCUUCCCAACGUUGGAAGAUGAGGAGGUAAACAGGAAUGUCUUUCUCCUGCCAGGCCGGCCGGAUCUACUUCCGUGCACUCCUCCAUCUUUUGAGGAGGCCACCACAGCGUCAAUUGCCACAACUCUGUCGUCGACCACUUCUUUGUCCAUUCCUGAAAGAUCUCCCUCCGACACGGCCGAACAACCCCGCUACAGGAGGCACACCCAGUCUCUCAGCCAUGACGGAAGGACUCAGGAGGAGCUGCGUGUGCGCGAGGAGGAUCAGCAGACCAUCACAGUGGAGGUGGAGCUGAAAAAGCAUGACAGCGAGCCAGUUAUCUCUGUUUCACAGCCCACUCCUGAGCCCAGUGAGCUUCUGCAGCAAGUGGACGUCUCAGAAGAGGCAGUCCCAUCCAACUCUUUGCCAGCACCUGAAGCGGUUUCACCCUCUUCAUCCUCACCUGCCCCAGCUGCCUCCUACUCAUCGGGUCCUGCUGAGGAUGUGCCAUCUAGUCCCAGAUUGGCAGGGGUGGAGGCAGACAGAGCCAGUCAGGUGUCUGGGUCAGGGUGCACCAGCCAGGCUUCGGUUGAUGAUGAUGAUGAUGUGCCGAUCACGGAUAUCUACUUUUUUCCUGAUGGGAAGACCUGGGUGGUCUCUCCCUUCCGCCAAAGGAAGCAGUGCCAGUCCGGUUGGCCACCUCCAGAGGACAGGACCUGGGUUUACUCUCCGCUACACUAUGGCUCAGAGUCUAAGGGCCUUCCAGAUGGGGACUGGGAAAGAGAGACAUAAGUCCUGCUCUCUGGCAGGGAAAAAAUCGAAUGCCUUCGGCCGCGGGACUCCGUCUGACGUCCACACCUGAUGAACAGUAGCAGCUCGAUCUCCGUCUGAACCAGGAUUUUAAUCAUGCAACCGAAAAUACCAAGAGGAAAAUGUGACUUCAGCCCCUGAGGAGGGAAGAAUCCCGACAGUGAUGACAUCUAACCAUCCAUGCCUUUCACCCUCAACAAGUGACAUUCUUAUUAGUUUCGAAAGCGGCAUCUGUGACCUCGCCUUUAGCAGGUCGGACUCUGAAAUGCGGCACAGUAAGUUGCUUUUGGCUCUGUUUUCACACAGGCGCAGCCGUCGGAUACUCUUCACCUCUGUUUCCCAAUGUAGUGGGCAGAGCUGCAGUUUAAAGCUGCAAGCAGCUGGACGUGGCAGCGUACAGAGACGGUCCAUUCACUUCGCUGAUUCUGCGCAAAGGCUGCAAAAAUCAGAUGCAAAAUUAUUGUCACCGCCAUGCAUGCGCAAUAGUUGAUUACUUUAGAAAAAACAGCAUGUGUCAGCGGUUGGGAUUUUCAGUCAAUGGUGUUAUUGGAAAUGAAAACAAUGCAGCAGGAAACAUAAUAAUACUAAUAAUACUAAAAUAUUAGUUUCAGUAUCACAGGGGGGCAUUCAUAUUAUAUGAAUCAUAUAUGAUCAGAUAACCAAAUACAGCCCCCUAACCCCUCAGGAGGACGGGUCACUCUGGAGAACAAAUUUACACCUGCAGAUGUGUAAAACUAAAGGGACUUUAGAUUUUGGGAGUCAUUCCCAAUUGGCACUCUUCGUUUGUAAUCCAAAAGAUUUUUGUUGCUUUUAAUUUCACCAUGACUCCUUUCAUGAACUAAUGUUGUGCUUUUGUUUUGCUCACGACUGUCUGAAUCUGAGGCCACUUAAGCAUUGAAGCCGUCCAGUUCAGAUCUAAAAAACACUAAUUUACAACAUCAAGCUUGUUCAACAGCAGCCUUGAUUCCAGAUUUUGAAAACAUUAUUAGUAAGACUGUAAAGCGUCACUAAAAGUGAUUAAGUCACUUUUAAAAUGUUAUCAAUGCUGUUAGUCGUCUCUAAUUUUUGGUUAUCUAAUAACAUUUUUUACACAAGAAAAGGUACUUUGAAAAAGUACUUAAAGUUCCGCUCUGAUCAUCUUGUGAUCUAUUGUAAAAGUGCUCCCAGUGGUAUUUUAGCUAUGAUGAUGCCGUUUUUAGGCAAAAUAAAAAAAACCUCUGUUGUUUUCCAGGACAUAGUUUCUGCAGAGCGGCAGAUGUUCAUUAGAAAUCAUUAGAAACCCCUCCCCCACACGUCAUCCAUCUGUUUACACGCUCUACUGCUAGCUUACAGCCCCUCUCCCCCAACCUAACAUUACUGGUGCAUGGCGAGCAAUGGCGAGCAAUAUUGGAGCUAUCCAGCUCUACAGGUUAGACCCACAGUACCCACUCCUAGUAUUUUUAUUGUGUAGCAAAUAUUUAUAUGUCACAAAUCCAGUCUUUUUCCAACUGCCUUUGUUUGUCCGCUCCUGAUUCACAACCAUUUUUAAAACGAAUACUUGAAACGAGUAUUCUUCUUUUUUUUUUUAUAUAUAUGUUCUACAUCAUCAGAGGAAUGCGGUAAGAACAUGUUGAAAACACAAUUUUUGUUGGAGUGGGUCUUUUAGGAGAAUCAAACUGCUGCAACACAAGAAAUGCUAACCGGUGAAUUUAAGCCCCAGAUUGUUUCGUCAUGCAGUUCAGAGUUUAAACUAGAGCCUUUAGUAUGCUACAGCAUAAUUCUGAGGAUAAAAGGCCAGCUUCAGACUUAUUGCUUCUCCUUUGAAACGUGCCAGUGAAGAAAUCUUAGCUCCAAAUUUAAACUCUGUCUGAAAACCUGUAGGGCUCCGCCUGAUCAAAAAAGAAAUGAAAGGAAAGAAUUUGUUUUUGGACGACAUGAGUUCAACAAAUUUUGCUUUAUUCCAUAUCCAGAAACGUGAACAGAAACGUAUCAAACUCUUUUUAUUUAUUGUGUUGUUUAUUCAUAUGUCAUGCUAUGGUUAAGUGCCAUCUGCACCGUUUCACCAAAAAAGGAGCUUUUUAUUUUUUAUUUCUAUGUGCAUCCAAAGAUCGUUUCUCCAGUGCAGCUUCUACGUAAAAGAUUUCUCACAAAGACAUGCAGCGUUUCUACAUUUGACACGUCAUCGCACAUGGAAGCAGCUCAGAUAAUCCUUGCUACCCUCUCAGACGCAAACAUCACCAUUACUGCAGUGUCUUCCAGAGUUUUCCUGUUUUUGGACAGAUGCACGCAAAUUUCCCACGUUGCAUAGGCAGAAAUGCUGCUUUCUGCUGGCCCUCCCCUCAACACAGACAGUUCAAGUGUUUGUAGACGUAGACCAUCAUUGUUGUAUUUUCAGUCAAUAUUGUACUUGUUAUCUGUAUAUAUGGAUGAACACAUUGUGAGGCUGCGUCGGUGAGACACUACAAAAUGUGGAUGCUUGAAUGUUUGCGAUUAUGAGGGACCUCAAGAUGAACAUGUGACAGAGGCCAAACGAAUACACAUCACAUCAUCCGCAAGUUUCGUUUUUUCAGUCUUUAGGUGAGAAUUUUCUGCUCCCACAUGCUGAGAUUUCGACUCAUUUUUGAGGAUCGUGCGGGUGUUUGUGUUGACGUCAACUUUUUUAAUGACGUGCUCGGUCUCUGUGGUUCCAUCUGAAGACCUCGACAGACCUUACAAAUCACAUGACUUUUCUUGGGUUUGUUUUUUUGUGCGUUUCUGUGCUUCUUGCCAUCGUCAGGUCUGGUAGAACAAAAAUGAGUUUGUCCUCAUGAUGUGCCCUAGCCAGUUGUUUUUUACGUUGCUGUUAUUCAUAGGGGUCAAAGCAGCAAUAUUUUGUACCUUUUAUUCAUUUUUUUUAUGCCUUUUUGAGAGAUUUCUCAUCUGGCGUCUGAUUUUUAUCUUUUUCUUUUCCGCACUUGUUUUGUUGUUUAUUUAUUUUUCUGCCUCAUAGUUCAUAAGAAUGUGUACAUAAGUAUAUAAAUACAUAUAUGAAAAUAAAACAAAUAUAUUUUCAUUUCAACUGUAGAAUAUUUGUAUUUGCUUUCAUGUUUUUUUUUUGCUUUGAGGCGAGAAAUGAUGGCGGUCUUUGUAAUUUCCUGUACCCCAUACGUUGACGUGUUUGUUGACAUGCAGCUGCUGUACAUUUAUGGCGUAUGAAACAGCUGAAUCUGUAUGAAAUCGAAACCGAAAGAUUGGUAGAUUUGAAAUGUUAAUCAGUAAGGAUACUUCCAACCGUUCAGCCGUGUUGUGUACGUGUUUUAAAACCGCUGUGUACCCUCGUCCAAUAGGAAGAGUCAUUUCAGAGACAUAGCAUGAUUUCAAAAUGAAUAUGCAUAUCAAAAAAGUGUAUUUAUGUAUAUCUGUGUAUAUUCAUCUAUUUAUACAUGAAGAUAAAUAGAUGGCUGUGUGUGUGCGUGUGUGUGUUUGGACUCGAUCAGACUGAAUAUAAAAUAAAGCAAUUCUAUGAAUUAA